AUGCGGCACCGGCUCGCGAGUCCCAUAGCAGGCUACGGUGAGCGCGGAGGGAUGUUUAUGGAGAAGACAAUUACGGGGAACGAGGGAGAGAGGGGGGGGAGGAGGAGUUGGGUGGGGGGGCUUGUUGCCAAGUUCCAGUGUAAUUGGUUGAUGGUCAGCCAGAGCCAGGGGGUGGAGGUGGCUAUGGGGCGGUUGGCAGUGGGGAUGGGAUUGGGUGUUGGCGUGAAGGCUCAGAGCAGAAACGGGAGCGGAAAUCGAGCUGGAUAUAGUGGGGAAUGGGAGGUGCAUGGGGGGUGCGGUGUGGUGGUGCGCCAAAAGAUUACGACACAGAAGUGA